UCCCCUACCCCUCCCCCCCCCCCGCUGGGUCCUAGCGCCGGACCUUCACUGGCAGGGUCUGGGGCUCUGAUUGUGAGAGGAUCUAAUCCUGACGCCACGCAGUCGGUCCAAACCGACUCAGAUAAGAAAACUAAGGUCCUGAGACAUAUAAUAAAUUGCACAAGUUUGCAUCAGCUGGGAAGUGAUGAAGGCAGUAUCUGAACCUGAGCAUUUUGGCUUCCAAGACUAUGCAGUUAACCACAGUGCUGUACUGUUGCUCUGGACCUCAUUUUUUUUACCUGUGAAAGGAACUUUUGUCAUAAUUCUGACAUGAAGCACCCUCCUGUCUCAGCUCUGCUCCACUCUCCUCCUCAAUCUCAGUGUCAGAAACCUCCAACCACAGAGGUGCACAAAGAAAACAGGCCUAAAACAACUACUGAUUUCACUGACACUUCACGAGAAGCCCCACCCACCAAAGUCAUGGAGGUGGAAGCUACCGAGACUGGGUCCCCAGCUGCUGGGUACAAGCGCUGUGGCCGCCGCUAUAAGUGCCUGCUCUGCACCAAGACAUUUCCAAACGCUCCCAGGGCCGCACGCCAUGCUGCCACGCAUGUGCCUGCUGACCGUGCCGAGAAGGUAGUAGAGGUAAAGCCAAAGCAGGACACUGAAGCCAAGGAAGAAGGCAGUGGGGAUAAAGGGUCAGGCUCAGUGGCAAAGCCUCGGCCUUAUGCAUGCCCACUGUGCCCCAAGGCGUAUAAGACAGCACCCGAGCUCCGCAGCCACGGGCGCAGCCACACGGGUGAGAAGCCCUUCCCAUGUCCAGAGUGCGGUCGCCGCUUCAUGCAGCCCGUAUGCCUGCGCGUGCAUUUGGCCUCGCACGCAGGCGAGCUGCCAUUCCGGUGUGCGCAUUGCCCCAAGGCCUACGGUGCGCUCUCCAAGCUCAAGAUCCACCAGCGCGGUCACACGGGCGAGCGGCCCUACGCCUGCACUGACUGUGGCAAGAGCUUCGCUGAUCCCUCGGUUUUUCGCAAGCACCGGCGCACACAUGCAGGCCUGCGACCCUAUGGCUGCGAGCGCUGCGGCAAGGCAUACGCGGAGCUCAAGGACCUGCGAAACCAUGAGCGGUCCCACACUGGGGAGCGCCCCUUCCUUUGCUCUGAGUGCGGGAAGAGCUUCUCCCGCUCUUCGUCUCUUACCUGCCAUCAACGUAUCCACGCGGCACAGAAGCCCUACCGCUGCCCCGCCUGCGGCAAGGGCUUCACACAGCUCAGCUCUUACCAGAGCCACGAGCGCACGCACUCCGGGGAGAAGCCCUUCCUGUGCCCACGCUGCGGCCGCAUGUUCUCCGACCCCUCUAGCUUCCGGCGCCACCAGCGCGCACACGAAGGCGUGAAGCCCUACCGCUGUGACAAGUGUGGCAAGGACUUCCGACAGCCGGCAGACCUGGCCAUGCACCGGCGCGUGCACACAGGCGACCGGCCCUUUAAGUGCCUGCAGUGUGACAAGACAUUUGUAGCUUCCUGGGACCUCAAGCGGCAUGCCCUGGUGCAUUCGGGCCAGCGACCCUUCCGCUGCGAGGAGUGUGGGCGUGCCUUCGCCGAGCGUGCCAGCCUGACCAAGCACAGCCGCGUUCACUCAGGCGAGCGCCCGUUCCACUGUGGCGCCUGCGGGAAGUCCUUUGUGGUGUCGUCCAGCCUCCGGAAGCACGAGCGGACCCACCGGAGCAGUGAGGCUACCACACCAGAGCUGGUGGUAGGGUUGGCACUGCCAGUCAAUGUGACAGGUGAGGGCCCGGCUGCCCCAGGUACAACCACAAGCCUCGGGGAUCCUCCAACUGGGCUGCUGGGGCUGCCCCCCGAGUCCAGCACGGUGAUGGCCACGCAGUGGCAAGUGGUAGGAAUGACGGUGGAGCAUGUGGAAUGCCAGGGCUCAGGCGUCGGGGAGGCUGCAGGUCCCUUAGGAUUGGCCGGGGUUGAGGAGGCUGAUGAGAAGCCACCCCAGUUUACUUGUCGUGAGUGCAAAGAAACCUUCCCCACGCUGACCUUGCUGCGUCGGCACGAGCGCUCACACCCUGAGCUCCGGCCCUUCCCCUGUACGCAGUGUGGCAAGAGUUUCUCAGAUAGGGCAGGGCUGCGUAAGCACAGCCGCACUCAUAGCUCAGUGCGCCCCCAUGCCUGUCCCCACUGCCCCAAGGCUUUCUUAAGUGCCAGUGACCUGCGCAAGCAUGAACGCACUCACCCUGUGCCCGUAGGGACCCCCAUACCGCUGGAACCGCUUGUGGCUUUGCUAGGAAUGCCUGAAGAGGGGCCAGCCUGAAGCCUAUGGUCCCCUGCACCACACUCCCUCCUGGAGUACCUUUCCCCUACAGAAGCCUCGGACGGCUUUGUCCACCCCUGGAGUCUUUAGACUCCAGAUCUCUGCCCCUGAACAUCUAGCUCACCUGCCGCAAAGCAAAGGGGUGGGCACAGUAAAAGCUUAAUACAGCAGCUGUGAGAGACAGGAUUUUCUCCAAACACUCAUUAAAGCAUUCACUUUGACACUGGACUAUCUUCUGUGUUCUGUGGUUCAGUGGAGAUCCCAAUACAUCUUAAGACCAAUCUUUAGAUGUAUUGUUUCCCAAAGUAUGUUUUGGGAUGUCUUCUGACAAAGGAUUCUAUUGCCAAGUACAGAAAGUUCCCUAUUUCUUGAAAAAUUUUAUUAAAAGCAUCAAACCAGGAGUGGUAUACACAUCCCAGCUACCUAGAAGGUUGAGGACAGUCUGGGCAAUUCAGGAAGACUUAGAAUAAAAAAAUAGGCUAGGAAUGUAGCUCGGUACCCUCUGGGUUUGAACCCCAGGAAAAAAGAAGUCCUGCAGGGAACAAAUCAUAUUUAGCUUUGUUUAGCCCAUACUUACAUGACCGUGGAAGCCUUUUACUGAGUAGUGGUUUGGGGGGGGGUUGUUUGUUCGUUUUUUGUUUUGUUUUGAGAGAGCAUUGGGCUGGGGAUUUAGCUCAGCGGCAUAAGCACCUGCAUUGAAAGCAGGCAGUCCUGAGUUUGAUCCCUGGUACCGAUAAAAACGAAAAAGACAAAAAAAAAAAAAAGAAAAGAAAAAAAAGAGAGAGCACUAUGCAGUUCAGGCUGGCUUUGAACUCACUCUAUACCCCCGUGGCCUCAUACUUAAGGCAGUCCUUCUGCCUCAGCACUGAAUAGUUUUAUAGAUGAUAACCAAAGGCCAAAAACUCGUGUAUAUUACAGUAACAAAUCAAAAAAUACACUUCAAAGAAAAAAGGUUCCUAUAGCAACAACAAAAAGAAUACAACUCAUGAGAAAUGUGUAAGGUCCAGGCAUUUAGCUCAGUAGCACAGGCGCCUGUCUGGCAAGCACAAGGUCAUGAGUAAGAAAGAAAGGAAGGAAGGAAGGAAGGAAGGAAACAAAGAAAGAAAAGGAAAGGAAGGUAUAAAAUCUAUAUAAAGAAAAUUAUAUAUCUGGCCUGAAAUAUAAAACCUAAGUACAUGGGAACAACAAACUAUGUAACUGAAUGGAAAGUUGUUUCCAAAUGAUGUUGAUUUUCCUACCCGUUUAAUCUUUGAAUUUUUAGUAUUCUAAAAGUUUUUUUAAUACAAUUUAAAAAUCCACAACAGUACAUUUUUGUGUAUGUGCUGAAAACUGAACCCAGAAUCUUCUGCAGGCUAAGGACAAACCCUACUGCUAAUCUUUUUUUUUUUUUGGUACCUUGCACUUAGCCUACGGCUAAUCUAAACCCUGUAGUUCACAAUACAUUGUCCAUAAACAGUAAAGGCAAUAUUUGACAUACUGGGUAAUCAAAACAUCAAAGCAGUGGGAUAAAAACAGGAUAUCACUGGCACAAAAAUAAAUUUAGCAAUGGAGGAGGGAUUCAGAAGCAGCCCUAAAUAUUUCUGUGAAUUUAUGAUAAAUUAUUGUUCAAAUAAAUAGGAAAAGGAAAACGUUAAGUAGCUUUCCUUGAAAGUCAGUGUGAAUGGCUGGGUAUAGUGACUCACACUGGUAAUCCCAGCACUGAGAGAGGCUGAGGCAGGAGGAUCAGAGUUCAAGGCCAUCCUGAACUGUACAGCAAAACUCUGUCUCAAAAAAGGGGCUGGGGAUUUAGCUCAGCGGCAUAAGCACCUGCCUUGCAAGCAAGCGGUCAUGAGUUCGAUCCUUGGUACCGAUAAAAAUGAAAAAGACAAAAAAAAAACGCAAAAAAAGGACUGGGGAUUUAGCUCAACAGCAUAAGCUCCUGCCUUGCAAGUGUGUGGUCGUGAGUUGGAUCCCUGGUACCAGUAAACAAAACAAAACAAAACAAAACAAAAAAAGAAAAAGAAAAAAAGUUAGUGUAAGGCUUCAAGUUCAGUCUCUAGCACCAUUAAAAAUUUAAAAAGUAGGCUGUGGAUGUAACUCAGUGGUACAGUGCCUGCCUGGCAAGUGCAAGGUCGUGAAUUUAAUUCCUGAUACAAAAAAAUAAAAUUCAAAAAGUAUGUCAUGGAAAAAACAAAGUACAGAUAAGAUUUAGGAGGAAAAAAAGGCAUAGUUAUGUAGUUAGUAUACUUCUCUUUGGGCCAAGUUGUACAUAGCUCUCAAAUUCUCAAACUGUCUCUAGGAUACUCAAGAACUGAUUCCAGGUUAUCACUCCUAGCUAGUAGGGCCUCUGUUUAUAUACCAAGAAAAGCCAAAGGUUAAUAUGCGCAGCUGAACUUCUUUUCUGUGCUCUUAUCUCAAGAUUUGGGGUCUCCUGUGUUGCAGUGGCAAGAAGUAAUAUCUCCAGGCCCAUGUGCCAGUGGGGACAUUGUGGCAGUUGGCUGUAGCUCAAGACAGAUACACAGGCAAGGAGCAAAAGUAGCAAGUGUCCCUCUGAUGGCAGGGACCGUCAUGCCUAGACCCUCAGAUACCAGUUUUAAAAGGGAUCUUCAAGGCUGAGGGCAUAGCUUAAGGAUACAGUGCUGGCCUAGCCUGCUAAAGGUCCUGAGUUUGGUCCUCAGCACUGCAAAAUAAAUCACAUUUUUAAAACUUGGUGAGAUGACUGUAUAUAUAUAAUAUAUAUUUUAUAUAUAUAUUAUAUAUAUAUAUAUAUAUAUAUAUAUAUAUAUAUAUCAAUAGAUAGCUUUGGGUAUCUAGCUAAUCUAGCUACAAUGAAGGGUGAAAUGAGCCCCACAAAUGUUCAAGAUUAUUAGUCCUUUCUAGGCUCGGAAACUCCUCUUUUCUUGUGACACUCCAGGUGUUUCAUACCUGAGUUCCCCGAAGAAACAUUUAGUGUGACUUAAAAAUGAUUUUAACAGCUUUGUUAAGAUGUAGUUCGCAUACCAUAAAAUUAACCUGUUGGAAGCAGACAACUUUGGUUUCUGGUUUAUUCACAAGGUUCUGCAGCAUCACAGUCUAAUUUUAGAGCAAUUUUUUAUCCCUAAAAAACCUCUGCAAACCACUUGUCACACUCCUUAUUCCUCACUACUAGAAACCCCUUAUCCCUAAGGAAUCCCUGAUCCAAUUUCUAUCUAUGAAUUUGUCUAUUCAAGACAUUUCAAGUAAAUGGAAUGAAUCAUA